AUGGCAGGAUCAACCCCAUUCUAUUCUCACGUUAAUGCUCCCGCUGGAGCGGGACCCUCUCACUCGUUGGUUGGCAGCGCUGGCUUUCCUUUUACUGUCGCCACUAAUGGCUUCAAUGGCCCACCAGCUACUUCGAACAACUUGCUUAGACAGCAACAUCAGCAGCAGCAAGCCUCGAACAGUAUAGCAUUGGCAAGUAAAGCUAAUCAAAAGCGUCCUACGGCUGACAUCGAAGCUAACCGAUUUACUGGUGCGGCUCUUGAGGGAUUUGUUGGGCAAAUUUACUCCCUCUGCAAAGAUCAGCAUGGCUGUCGUUAUCUUCAAAAAAAGCUUGAGGAACAGAAUGACAAGUACCUUGCAAUUAUCUUCGGGGAAGUUUUUGGCCAUUUCGUAGAACUUAUGACUGAUCCCUUUGGCAACUACCUUUGUCAAAAGUUACUCGAAUAUUGCGGGGAUGAACAACGUACUAUUAUUGUUGAGACAGUCGCUCCAGAGCUUGUCAAUAUCUCACUGAACAUGCAUGGCACACGUGCCGUCCAAAAGAUGAUAGAGUUCUUGUCAACCCCUCAACAGAUCGCUAUUGUCGUUGUAGCCCUUAAUCCAAGCGUUGUGACGCUGAUCAAGGAUCUAAACGGCAACCAUGUCAUUCAAAAGUGCUUGAAUCGCUUUGCUUCCGAGGAUAACCAGUUUAUCUACAACGCUAUCAGUGCCCAUUGUAUCGAAGUGGCCACUCAUCGCCAUGGAUGUUGUGUCCUGCAGCGCUGCAUAGAUCACGCCUCUCCCUCUCAAAAGAUCCAAUUAGUUCGCGAAAUCACUUUUAAUGCUUUAACUCUCGUACAGGACCCUUAUGGCAACUAUGUGGUUCAGUACGUAUUGGACUUGGCUGACAAUCGAUUUACGGAUACCCUGAUCCGCCGUUUUAUCGGAAAUGUCUGCGUGCUGUCAGUGCAGAAAUUUAGCUCGAAUGUCAUGGAAAAGUGUAUCCGUGUAGCUGAACCUGAGACGCGCAAGUUUCUGAUUGAAGAAAUGAUCAACAAGUCUCGCUUAGACAAGCUACUUCGUGAUUCGUACGCUAAUUAUGUUGUGCAGACAUCGCUUGACUAUGCUGAUCCUUUACAACGUGCUCAGUUGGUUGAGUGUAUCCGCCCCUUGCUGCCCGCUAUUCGCAACACGCCUUAUGGCAAACGUAUCCAAAGCAAAUUACAUCGCGACCAGAUGACGAAUCUCACUAACCCAAUGAACCAUCUCGCCCUCAAUAGCGGUAUGAACAACAAUAUGGCGGCCAUGAAUGGUAUGAACGGCAUAAAUGGAGCCAUGUCGAUGGGUGGUAUGAAUGGUAUGAAUGGCAUGCCUAGCCAUGGAAUUCAUGGGGGCCACGGCGGUCACGGUGGACAUCAUGGCAGCCACAACAUGAACGGGAUGAAUAAUAUAGGGAUGAACAGCAACAUGAGCAUGAGCAGUGCUAUGGCUGGUGGGAUGCCGAUGCCGAGUAUGGCGGGCAUGAACGGCAAUAUGAGCAUGAGCAGUGUCAACAAUAUGAAUGGUAUGAACGCUAACAGUAAUGUCAAUGGUAAUAUGGUUGGAUAUGGCUUUCCCGGCAUGAACAAUCACUUCAACAAUGUGGGGAUAAUCGGAAUGAACGAUUUCAAUCCCUAUGGCUACAUGUAA